CCCGCUGCAUGAUUCGAUCAGGCCCUUCCAACAUACGCCAAAACGACAACAAAACAAAAUCCAGACCUAAACUGCUGUUUUCUACCGAUUCACGUCAACGCUCAACUCGACCGCAAUAAAGUCUUGUCGCCUGCCGCGCCAUUGUAUAGCAAAUAGAACAACAGGCGAUAUGGUCUCGACAGACGACUCGAAUAACUCACAUAGCGGAUUUCUAGAUCUACCAACAGAGAUACGAUGCCAUAUCUACGACCUCCUCCUUACCGACUCAUACGCCAUCACCAUCAGCGCGGGCUACACGACUAUCGCGGGCGAUAAAAUACAAGAUCGCGCCCGAAAGACCAACAUCCCAGGCCUGCCCCUCACUCUCGCGCCGCUGGUUCGGUGCCACCGAGAUACCUCCCUAUUUUCUGUCGCGAAUCCACCUACAAUUGCCAUUGAUAAUGGAUGCAUAGGCGAUGCUACGGGCGGAGAGCUAGAGUACCCAGCUCCAUUGGCGCUAUUACAGACGUGUCGGCUUGUCAAUGAUGAGUUGACGGAUUACAUGCGGGGCAAGAAGAGGAUUGCGCGGGCGCGGUCUUCAGAGGGAGGAACCGAGGUUUCAAUGCCUGGAGAUGCUAAGCAAGGAUUGUCACUCUAUGUGUCGUAUCCGUAUGGUGUGUUGGUGUUGAAGAGCUUAUAUCCUUUCCUCUUGAAGCAGGCGCGAAAAGUACAUAUUUCUGGAUACUGUAUCAGUCCCAAGGACAUUGAGCCGGAUGUUUCCUCAUCGGAGGAGGCAAGUGACGAAGAGCGUCUGACGCCCUCGAGUAGCUUCGCGGAGUCGUUCACCACGCCAACGCCAGUACGGGGCUCAUAUCUCCGCUGGACCCGAAUCGCCAAUAGCAGCGUAAUAGCCAGCACCAACACCGACCGGCCACGCCUCCGCCUCGACCCUCCCUCACAGCGUCAGCAACGACGCGCUUCCGAAACCAGCACAGUCUUCCCUCCCUUCUCCCCAGACACCAACACCGUCGCUGGCGCAACUCUCGUACGCCUAAUCCGCACCCUCUUCCCAACCGAACCCUCUCAAGUCGUCGAAUUAUCAGCACGCAUCCUCUAUCCCGGAGAAGAUACCUACGCAUCCGUAUGGGCCGACGACGAUAGCCCCCUUACCCACAUAUUGCGAAAUAUACGUGGAGGCAAGAUCGACAUGCAGGUCAAGCGUGGUAACCUAGGUACAGGUCUGUGUGUAACAGCGCGGCACAAGCCAGAGGGGAGAGUUAUAAGUACGAGCUGGGAGAACUGGCGGCCUGCUACCCCAGUAGGAAUGAGGAGGCCAUUGAAUAGGAUGAGUGUGAAAGACCUCGAUGCUUUCCUAGUGGGCGAGGCCUAGAUUCCUUAGUGGGCAUGGCUGAAAUGAUAAACUACAGUCUCUCCAGUGACUUGAUCUUGGAGAAACUGAGUUGGAAUUGCAUUGGAUACGGCAGGACCUUGCGAUACUAUUACUUGACCGCAGCCGGUUGUUAUAUUAUUCUCAGGUGUUGUAAGCUGGUUGGACAUUAUUUGGCUUUGUUUGAGUGCAAUUUGAACAUUUACACACUUCAUAUCCUAAGUUUCGUCUAUUAACACUCGCCCAUUUCAAAGAAUGGAAGCUGGCCCGAUAUCUUGAUACAUCAUCGUUUCCUAGGCUCUGUAGCCUACUUU